AUGCUCUUCACCAUUUGCCAAAGCUUGCCAAAUUUGCAUAUUCUCCACGAUGAUGAGUGCUACUUUUCGGAGGAUGAUGACCUGGAGGAGGAGUUUGAGACUUGCCGACCAAGAGACAGACAAAUCUCAGUGGAGUAUGACCCAGACAAUGAUGACUACCAGAUCCAAGUCAUACCAGAAGUGCCCGAAGAAAUUGCACUCAUGGAGGAGCAGCUCAUCAAGAAGCAAGUUGCCAAGCUCCAAAUCAGAAUGGACCAAGGAGGCUAG